AUGGUAUUCUUAUUUAAUCCUGCCCACUGGGGUUAUAACGGUACUAUAACUCAGCAUAUUGGACAAGAAGGUACCGUUAAACUCCAAAAGAAGGAUGGUACCGAGGAACAAUUGCAUGAAUUGAUUUCUAAGGAAGUUCCUAACUUGGCAGAUGGAGCGAAAUUCCAAUUGCACCCAAUGUUGUUCACAGGUAUCUUGCAGACUAUGUAUUUGGCUGCAGGUGAUUUCUCGAAGAAAUUCAAUGUCUUUUAUGGGAGAGAGUUGUUUGAAUUGUCUGACAGUGGUAUCGCUAGUGUCGAUUGGGUCCGGAAUGAUUGGAAGAAAGAUUAUGAUUUUGAUCCUGCUACUGGUUCAUAUAAUAAGCAGAAACUUGCAGAAGAUGGUGCGAAGACUCAUCCAGAAGGCUGGCCUCGUUUGCACCCCCGCACAAGAUACAUGACUGAGGAUGAAAAAAAAGGGCUUUUAGAUGAUACGAGCAAACCGUUAAUUAUUGUGAUGCAUGGUUUAGCUGGUGGUAGUCACGAACCAAUUAUCAGAUCCUUAACCGAACAACUUUCUACUAUUUCAGAUGAGAAGUUCCAGGUAGCAGUUUUGAACACCAGAGGUUGCUGUCGUACCAAAGUAGUCUCACACAAGCUAUUCUAUGCUUUUGCAACUGAGGAUUUACGUGAAUUGGUUCAAAGAGAACAUAAACGUGAUCCAAACAGAAAGAUUUAUGCUGUUGGUUUCUCUUUUGGUGCAACAAUGCUGGCUAAUUACAUAGGAGAAGAAGGUGAUACUUGUUUACUCUCUGGUGCCACUCUCUUGUGUAAUCCAUGGGAUCUAGUUCUCUCUGCUAAUAAGAUGAAGACAGACUUCUGGGCUCGCAAGUUAUUUGCCAAAAACAUCACCCACUUUUUGGUAAGAACUUUAGAAGUAAACAUGAACCAAGUUGAAUGGAAAGGUGGUGAAAAACCAACAAAUGUUUCUCCGGAAAAUCCAACUAAUUAUCCAUUCACACGUGAAAACUUGAAAAAGGCCAAACAGUUUACAGAACCCUCACAAUUUGAUGAGACCUUUACUUCAAAGGCCGUCGGAUUUGAUUCAGCUUGGGAUUAUUACAAGGUUGGUAGUUCUCUAAACCGUUUACCUUCUAUCAAUGUUCCAACGUUGGUGAUUAACUCUCAUGAUGAUCCAGUCAUCGGCGAAGAAAAUAUCCCUGUCGAGCAAGCAAAAGCAAACCCUAAUAUUUUGCUGGUGGAAAGCGAUUUGGGUGGUCAUUUAGCCUACCUAGACAGAAACUACAAUCCUUGGAUCACCAAGCAAAUUGCGAUGUAUUUUGACACCCUCGAGUCUUUUGUCAAAUAA